AUGACGUACCUCUUCCUUGUCUGUAGGUGUGCCUUUGAUAUCCAGCUUUUCUUGCUCUGCACUGAUGACCUUCUUGUCCCGUUUCUGAAAAUUAGGUCUUUUUACAGAGCGAUAUCGAGAGCAUUUUUUGAGAGCACUACCGACGGCAAUCUUUCUCUAUUUGACUUGAUGUUCUUAUACUUUGACUCUCACGAGGUUGUUAUUAAAAGUUCAUUAAGUAGCUAA